AUGAGUGCGAAUCCAUUCGAAGGAUAUUUAAACGACAAUGAGAAGCAAGUUGACGACAACUUGAAUAGCGAUGAAUCGUUACUGUUAUCCACCAAGGAAUUACUGUCAAAGGCUACUCCUUCUCUAGAAUUCUGCAAGAUCUCUGUCGAAGAGACUGUUGAUAGGUUAAACACUAAUAGCAAAACUGGUCUUGCAUCUACUGAAGAAGCAAACCAUAGAAGAAAAGAAUACGGUCCUAAUGAGAUCUCUGUUGAAGAUGAUGAAUCUUUGUGGAAGAAGUUUUUAUCAAACUUUGUUGAGGAUCGUCUGAUCUUACUUUUGAUCGGGUCUGCUUUUGUUUCAGCUAUUAUGGGUAAUUUAGAUGAUGCGAUUAGUAUCACUUUGGCUAUUAUAAUUGUUGUCUCUGUUGGGUUUGUUCAAGAAUAUAGAUCUGAGAAAUCGUUAGAGGCACUUAAUAAAUUAGUUCCUGCAGAAUGUCAUUUGGUUAGAGGAGGUCAAGAAGCUCAUGUAUUGGCAGCAGUUCUUGUCCCUGGGGAUUUAGUAUGUUUUAGAAUAGGUGAUAGAAUACCGGCAGAUUUGAGAAUUACUGAAGCCUUCGAUUUAUCUAUCGACGAAAGUAACUUAACUGGUGAAAAUGAACCUGUACAUAAAGUAACAAGUGCAAUUAAUAAAGAGACAUUCAAUUAUGAUACAAGUGGAAUUAUUCCAUUAUCUGAUAGAACCAAUAUUGCAUAUAUGGGUACUCUAGUAAAAGAAGGCCAUGGUAAAGGUAUUGUUGUUGGUACUAGUACUAACACUUCAUUCGGUGCAGUGUUUGAAAUGAUGAGUAGCAUUGAAAAACCAAAGACUCCUCUACAACUAGCUAUGGAUAAACUUGGGAAAGAUCUAUCUCUUUUCAGUUUCAUUGUAAUCGGUUUCAUUUGUUUAAUUGGUAUUAUCCAAGGUAGAUCAUGGUUAGAAAUGUUCCAAAUCUCUGUUUCCUUGGCUGUUGCAGCUAUCCCUGAAGGUCUUCCUAUUAUUGUCACUGUGACUUUAGCUUUAGGUGUUUUAAGGAUGGCAAAGAGAAAGGCUAUUGUUAGAAGAUUACCUAGUGUGGAAACCUUGGGUUCUGUCAACGUUAUUUGUUCAGAUAAGACCGGUACAUUGACUUCGAAUCAUAUGACUGUUUGUAAGAUCUGGUGUCUAGGUAGCAUGACUAAUAAAUUGAACGUACUGGAUUUACAAAAGACAAAAGGUACUAAUUUCAAGAAUUAUCUAACUGAUGACGUUAGAGCUACUUUGAAUGUCUCCAACAUUUGUAAUAAUGCCUCAUUUUCUGUUGAACAUUCAAAAUAUCUUGGGAAUCCUACAGAUGUUGCGCUAUUGGAACAACUUUCCAAAUUUGAACUUGAAGACAACAGACCAAAUGUCAAGAAGAUCCACGAGAUUCCAUUUAAUUCUAAAAGAAAGUUCAUGGCUACAGAGGUAUUCGAACAAGAUGGAAGUCAUGUAUUAUAUGUCAAGGGUGCGUUUGAGAAAAUUCUUUCUUAUUCUAAUACAUUUUUAAACGAAAAGGGUAAAAUUGAAAAACUAACUGAUGCUCAAAAGGUUAGUAUCACAGAGUGUGCUGAAUCAUUAGCCUCCGAAGGUUUACGUACUUUGGCUUUUGCUAAGCUACAAAUGAAAGGUACAGAACCAGUUACAAAAUUGACUGAAGAUAUGGUUACAGAUUUAACCUUUACGGGUUUAAUUGGUAUGAGUGACCCUCCACGUCCAACUGUGAAACCUGCUAUUGAACAAUUAAUCCGUGGUGGUGUUCAUAUUAUUAUGAUCACAGGUGACUCUGAAAGUACCGCUGUAAAUAUCGCUAGACAAAUUGGUAUUCCGGUUAUUGAUCCGAAGUUAUCUGUUUUAAAUGGUGAUAAAUUAAAUGAAAUGUCUGAUGACCAACUGGCCAAUGUCAUUGAUCACGUUUCUGUUUUUGCCCGUGCUACUCCUGAACAUAAAUUGAACAUUGUUAGAGCCCUCAGACAAAGAGGUGAGGUCGUGGCCAUGACUGGUGACGGUGUUAAUGAUGCUCCUGCUUUAAAACUUGCUGAUAUUGGUGUUUCAAUGGGUAAAAUGGGUACAGAUGUUGCCAAAGAGGCUUCAGAUAUGGUCUUAACUGAUGAUGAUUUUAGUACUAUUUUAACCGCAAUUGAAGAAGGUAAGGGUAUUUUCAACAAUAUCCAAAACUUCUUGACCUUUCAAUUAUCUACUUCCAUCGCUGCUCUAUCUCUGGUCGCAUUAUCUACUCUUUUCAAAUUACCAAAUCCAUUAAACGCUAUGCAAAUCUUAUGGAUUAAUAUUUUAAUGGAUGGUCCUCCAGCACAAUCAUUGGGUGUUGAACCUGUGGACCAUGAAGUUAUGAAAAAACCUCCAAGAAGAAGAACUGACAAGAUUUUGACCAAACAAGUCUUGAGAAGAUUAGUAGGUACCGCAGUUUGUAUUAUUGUAGGAACAAUAUAUGUGUUUGUCAAAGAAAUGGCAGAAGAUGGUAAAAUUACACCUAGAGACACAACGAUGACAUUCACAUGUUUCGUUUUCUUUGAUAUGUUUAAUGCAUUGGCAUGUAGACACUCUACAAAGUCCAUUUUCGAAGUUGGAUUUUUAACAAACAAGAUGUUCAAUGCAGCUGUAGGUUUAUCCCUUCUAGGUCAAAUGUGUGCUAUAUAUAUACCGUUCUUCCAGAAUGUAUUCAAAACUGAAAGGUUAAGUCUGGGAGAUUUGUUUUUCUUACUAAUUGUUAGUAGCAGUGUAUUUAUUAUCGAUGAAAUAAGAAAGUACUGGGACAAAAAGAAAGCCCAAAACGAUCCUUCUUAUUACUCGAUGGUAUAA